CCAGACGUCCCUAACCCCCCAGUAGUCCUCGAGCCCACGGGGACUGGCCUCCGCUCUCCCGAGGUCCCUAGGCCCUCUGGGACCGACCGAGGCGUCCAGAUUCCCUGCCCCCCAAGUCCCUUAUCCCUCCGGGACCCAGGCAUCCUGAACCCGUAGUCCUUGGCCCCUCUGGGCGCCAGGCAUUCUCAUCUCUCGCCGUCUGCGGCCUCUCAAGAGACCCAGGCAUCCGGAUUCCCCCAGUUCCUUUCCUUGACUGACUGAAACGGGAAUUCUGGACCCCCAGCCCCAGGGUUCUGUCUCUGUCUCUCUCUGUCUCUGCCUUUCUGUCUCUGUCUCCCUGUCUUUCUGUCUCUCUCUGUCUUGGUCUCUGUCACUCUUUCGGACCCAGGCUUCCAGAUCACAUCCCUCCUCCCGUCCCCCACCCCUUUCCGGGACCCAGUCUUUCCUCAGCCUCCCGGAGCCCAGCUGGAGUCCGGCUCUCGAGGGGUUAAGGGGGCGGUGCAGCCGCCAGCCUGGGUUGCCAUGACGCCAGACUGUUUGGGCCUGCUCUCUGACCCCCAGGGGCUCCCUGGGGGCUGGGGAGGGGAGGGGACCCAGGCUUGCUGCCCCCCAGCCCAUGGUAGGAGCCAUCCCUUUUGAUGCAGGUUCUGAGCCAGAGGGAUGCUUAACAGGGCCCUGGGCCAGAGGUCUGGACACCUGGGUUCUCUCCUGAUCGGUGACCUUGGUCCAGGGGUAACCCCCUACUUGAGCCUCAGUUUCUCCAACUGUAAUGAGGGUGCCCUACUGCCUGGUUCCUCGAUUCCUUUUCCCCCUCCCCCCUUCCCUGGCCUGGACCCAGGGCAUGCUGGGAUUCCAAGGCAGGCACAGGGCCAGGGAGGGUGGUCCCAAGGCGAGGGCAGCUGUGCUGUUGCCUCCUCGGACCCUGGUCUGACUCUGGGACUGAAAGCCUGAGCAGAGGACCCUCAGCCCAAGCUCAGGCAAGUCUUGGGACUGAAACAGCCAGAAAAAAUCAAUAGACAGAGAUGGACACAAAAAGCAGCCGAGCCACAGGCUGAGAGGAGAGUGGAAAGAGAGAGAGGCUGAGAGGGUGAGAGGGCGCAGGAGGGGAGACAGGGCGGGGGCUUGAGAGGAAAGGAAAGGACAGAAGGAAGGAGAAAGGCAGGAGGCCACAGAAAGUGGCCACAAAGAAUGGACCCGAAAUGGAGAGCGCAGCCACGAGAAAGGCUGCUUGCUGGCUGCUGCAGCCUUCCUUCACCACCUCCUUCUUCUCUGCUCUCAGGCGAUGAGCCAGUCCUCCUGGAACCCCGCACAGUAGCCAAAGGCCUGGACAGGUUUUCAGGAUGCCUCAUCUCCUGGCUCUCCUCUCCUAAAAAUUUCCGCUACAUAAUCUUCACUGGGCCUUCACUGCAGCAAGAGUCCUACGAAGUGGCCUUCCUAAAGGCUGCCCAGAACCUGAAAGAUGUCGUAGACAAGCUGAGCAAAGCCCCCGCCUGCGAGCCUCCCUGCGGGUUCCAGGAGGUGUCCCGACUCUUCCACUGCAAAGUGUGCGCUGCCCGUGACUGUAACCUCCCGCUGGAAUGCCCGAUUCAGGACUUGCUGGUGCCCGUGGGAGGCCAGGCUAUCUUCUCCUGCUCUGUGCCCUUCCCUAUUCCCUCGGAGCUGACCUACACCUGGCUGUUUGCGGGGAAUAUUCGGACCCGGGACCUCACCUACUUUCGGGAGAUGCCUAGAGCACGGGGCAUGUUUGCGCGGAUCCGGCCCGUUCGGCCCCCACACCGCGGGACUUUCAGCUGCCUGCUUACCCACGACCAGCAACCCCUGGCCAGGUUGUUCUUUUACAUAAAUGUGACUGCUGGGAAAGAUCGGGGUGAAGUCGAACUACAGACCUUGUUUCGGGAAGUGCUGCAGUCUGGAGACUCCCAGGAGGAUUAUGCAAAACCCUUGAAGCCCAGCUUCCUCCAGCUGCUGACCCAGUCUCAGGCCCUGACAUCUCGAAACCUGCUGCUGCUUGGCCUGGCAGCUGGCCUGGGCACCAUGAGCCUCAUCCUCCUGGUGCUGUCACUGAGUCUUUAUUUGGACAAAGAGAGCUAAAGGGCCUUCGUCCUCUACCCUCCCCUCCCUCCAAUAAAGCUGUUUUCAACCCCAA